UCAGGAGGCGUCUAAGAUCUCCAGGAAAUUCUCGCAUUUGAUUGGUUUGGACAACCGCGGGAAAUUUCGUGGGACGAUGAUUGGUUACCGCGUGAUUGACGGCUGUGAUUGUGGGCAUACCGACGGACCAUCGACCACGCUCAGUCGAGUCAAUCAAUGAUCGGCGAUGAAAUUCCAUCAUAUUCAGUCAGCAAUUUCUCAAAAUAAAUUUAGCGCAAAACGAUGAUUUUAGUUUAAACAUGAUCUUGACAAAAUACUCUAAAAGAUAAAUGCAAAAUUGAGUUGAUAAUCAUGAUGCUUACAUUCGUAUUUUACCGGAACAUUCGGAUCAAAAUCUGCAUUAUCAGGCGCUGAAGCCAUGAUGGAGGCCGACAUGUUUUUGUCAUGUGACUUGUGCUUUUAACGAAUCAAAUUGGUGUAUUAGUACAAGGUCAUGGGUCAUUCAGUAUGGCGGCCAAAACAAACGAAUCCCUUUUUGCCGACACAUCUUUUGCAAGUUACUCACAAGAUGAUACGACGACAAUUAUUUAUCUGCAGGCCAUGGUAAGAGGCACUCGGACAAGGAAGCAGUUCCAAAAGUUGCGUGAUGUUUAUCAGGAAAUAUUCCAGGAAGUUGAAGUGGACAGUCGUUGGGAGAUGACAUAUCCAAACACCAGAUUAUGUCUUCCAGAUUUCGAUAAAAAGUCGAGGCAGAAGUCACAAGUCAGGGAAAUAAUGUCUCAACAAUCGGGCCAAGAAUUUGAUCAGCUAUCUGUUGUAACUGAUGAAUUUAGUGGCAGUGACAGGGAAGCUGAUAAAGAGUUGUUACUCCUGGUGGAAACUCCUCUUAGUAAUAGUGGUGUGACAGCUGAUGUGUCAAGCAUGGCCUCUGACAAUGGUUUGGGAAGAAGACUUUCAAACACUAAGAAAUUUACAAAACAUACUAUGUCUUCUGCUAUGAGGAAAGAAAUUAACUGUUCACUGGAUGAAGAUCUUCCUGUCAAAGAAGCGUGCCCUCGGCCAGCUCAAUCUGAUUCAGAGUGUAGGGAGGAAACAUCGGAUAUAUCGAGUGCAUCUAAUCAUGAGAAAACAAUGUCUACAGGUGAAAAGGGACAGUCCUCGUCAUCAUUCAAAAGUGAGACGGCCAAUUGUGGGCGCCAGAAUCCUGUGGUGGAAGAAAUGAGCAACCAUCAAAAGAUACCAGAUGCAAGUCAGUCUUUAAAAACUAGAGACACUGAGGCCGAAAUAUCCGAUAAGAAAAAUGACAUUGUGGCUGUCUCAGAUAAGAAUUUGGAUGGAAGAAAUUAUGUUCUUAAACCACAAGACAUCUUCAGUGAGACAAUACCAGAACCUGUCCAUGGCAUGAGUCACAGCACUCCACAUCAUGACCUCACCACCGUCAGUGCGCUGCCCCCUGGUGUUGACAUGACCAACCAGAAGAUCAAUUUCAGCGAGAGUUUUGGUGAUAGUACGUCGGUAUGGGACAGCAUUCAGUCUGCUGAAGAUGCAGAGAUCCUGCGCCAUGCCAAUGACCCCGUGGCGUUGGAGAAAGUCCGAGAGAAUGUCUCGCUAGAGUUACUCUGGAUACAGCAAGCUAUUGACAGCAGGAAAAACUACCUGAAGCUGAAAAAGAAGCUAGCUGGACAGGACAAGAUGGAUUGAGGAAUGAUUGAUGGACAGGAUAAGAAGACACCCUGUGUUAUGUUUCAACUAUCAGAGAAAGAAAUAGUGACAAUAUGCUUUCUGUAAUUUGGUUUUGCGCAAAAUAUACAUCUGGCUGAGAGAAGCCGUGGGGCGUUAUUGUCUGUGCAGAAACAUUCAGAGUGAACCUUCGAUUUUGAUGUCUCUAAGCAAAGUUAUCGGGCCGAGUAAUGUGGUUAUCAGCAUUUGAGAUGCUUGGUUCAUAAAAUAUAUGCAGGUCAUAAGUUAAAACAAGUCUUUUGUUACAAUUUCUAUCUGAUACUGGAUGGCCUCCCAUUUGCCUUUGAACUCCAUCACUAUCGGCCCAUUCAAAUAUCUAAAUUCAGGAAUAAUCUCAAAACAUCCUCCAGGAUUGAAGAC